AUGAAGGGCAUUAUCGUUCUUAAUAAUUUAUUAUUAAUAUCCAACUGCUUCUGCUUGCUAAAUAAUCACCGAAUUGGCUUCCGUCAGUUGAUCGAUUCUCCAAUAAAAAAAAGUUCCCCUCCUUCUUCAAUUCCAUCCCCCGCUGACGCUGCCGCUUCCGUCUCCGCCUCCGAACCCGCUCUCCUCGUGCGUCCCGUUCGCGACCGUCGCAUUCGCAAUUAUUACAAGCCGAGGUCGAACAGCCAAGUCUUCUUCAACUUUAAUCACUAUUCUUGCUUCCAGGCUUUUGCGCUGCUCAAUUGCUCCUCCACCACUUGUCAUCCCACCUUCAAGAUGCCUGCAACCAUCCCACAAAACAAGUUUGACUCAAUCCCCGACUCGAUUGAGGCUUUCCGAAAUGGAGAGUUCCUCGUCGUUCUCGACGACCCCUCGCGCGAGAACGAAGCCGAUCUGAUCAUCGCUGCUGAAGAUAUGACAACCGAGAAGAUGGGCUUCCUCAUCCGCCACUCUUCCGGCUACGUCUGCGCUCCUCUCUCUCCCGAACUCACCAAAUCUCUCGAUCUUCCUCAGAUGGUCCCCAACAACCAGGAUCCCCGAGGCACUGCCUACACUAUCUCUGUCGACUCGGCCGAUCCUUCUGUCACCACAGGAAUCAGCGCUCGCGAUCGUGCUCUCGCAUGCCGAACCCUCGCCGACCCCAAAGCCCGCCCCGAUAGCUUCCGUCGUCCCGGUCACGUCCUUCCUCUGCGAUCUCGCCCUGGUGGCGUUCGACAGCGCCCAGGUCACACCGAGGCUGCCACUGAGUUCUGUCGCUUGGCCGGCAAGGCCCAGGCCGCGGCUAUCUGCGAGAUUAUUGAUGACGGCGAGGAGACCCCAGGCCAAGCUCUUGUUCAGAACCAUGGCAUGCUGCGAGGAGAGGACUGCAUUACUUUCGCCCGCAAGUGGGGCUUGAAGGUCUGCACUAUUGCUGACCUGGUGGCUUACGUUGAGAAGACUGAGGGAAAGCUCGAGUCCAAUGGUGCUGAGGCUGAUGGCAACUAA